UCCUUGUCGUGGUUGUUGUUGUUUCUUAUAACUAAAAGGUUGUUGUUGUUUUUGUAAGUAUUUAUCGUCGGAUAAUUUUACCUCAUCACCGCAACAACAUGGCGUCUGAAUUAUUUCAGAAAGGAAAUGAUCAAUUCAUCUACGAACAAUACGAAAAGGCGAUCACGCUAUAUACACAGGCCUUAGAACUGGAAAGAAAUAGAGAUGAUAUAUUCUGCAACAGAGCACAAGCCUACUUUAAACUAGAGAAGUACAAAGAGACAGUUGAGGAUGCAUCAGAAGCACUUCGCAUGAAUUCCAGCAAUGUUAAAGCCUACCACAGAAAAGGAACUGGAUUAUUUUACCUUGAAGAUUAUGUGUCUGCCAAAGAAGCAUUUGAGGCAGGAUUGAAAUAUUCUGAUGAAGACAGCUUUAACUUCCCAUUGUGGAUAAAGAAAUGCGAAGCUGAGAUAGAUUUACAGAAGAAUGGUGCAGGAGUUGAGCAGGGUGUGGGUGUGUCAGAGGUCAAGCAGACUUCAGGCGCCACAGCGGAACCAAUGGAAGUCAAGCAGGAAGUCCCCCCUGAACCUGUCAAACCAACAAUCCGCCAUGACUGGUAUCAGACCCCAACUCAUGUAAUAGUAAACAUUUUUUACAAGAACUGUAAGCAAGAGGAUGCAAGCAUUGAUAUUCAAGACCGCUUACUGCAGGCAGACCUUGUGUUACCAGACAGGGAGCCAUACCAGCUCAAGUUCUCUCCCCUGGCACAUCCCAUAGAUCCAAGUGCCUCCUCAUACAAGAUCCUGAAAACUAAGAUAGAGGUGAAGAUGAAAAAGCGUGAAGGCCUGCAAUGGAAGGUGCUGGAGUCUGAGGACGAGGAGGCAGCACUCACUCUACAUCCAGCCACUGACCCUCAGGCGUACCCAACCUCAGCCCACUACACGAGGAAUUGGGACAAGCUGAGCAAGCAGGCAGAGGAAGAGGAGAAGAAGGAUAAGAAGGAAGGGGACGCAGCACUCAACGAGCUCUUCCAGCAGAUCUAUAAAGAUGGCACAGACGAAACAAAGAAGGCCAUGAUGAAGUCAUUUUACGAGUCAGGAGGUACCGUGUUGAGUACCAACUGGGGCGAGAUUGGUAAGGCGAAGACUGAGGUGAAGCCCCCAGACGGGAUGGAGUUCAAAAAGUGGAACUCAUAACAUGCAAGGUUGGCACGCUGUGGCUAACCGUCUUCAACUUUGUGGAAAAAAUCUGACGAAAGUAAAACAUCUUUUGGGUUGAAAACAUUGUAUCGAAACACAAUGCAAAAGAUAUUAGAGACCAUAGAAAUUGGAUGCUUUUCCUUCAUUAAUUACUUACAAAAUAGAGUUAAAAAAAAUAUUUAUAAGAAUUCCAGCUUGUUAUACAAACACUUUUAUAAAUUGAUUCUCUGAUGAUUUAAAGCAUGUAUGUGGUCUGAAUGUGUAAACAUAUCGCUAGGGUCACAUGAAAGUAUGAUUUCUGGAGUUGUGUGUUUAACCUCCAAUGUGACAUGUUAGUAUGCUUCAGGACUAACAUGCGUAGAAUUUUUCUGACUUUUCUCUGUUUAUUUUACAUUUUUCUCAACAAACUGCGUACUGAUUUUCUUUUCUGUAAUGUAUGUUUUGAAAGCCUUCAUUGGAUAGUAUAAAUAACAUAUGGCAUUCAAGGGGUGAUUAAAAGUGUGCAUUUUAGUGCCAUAAAUGUAAAGAUGGUAGUGCACUUAAAAUGACUAUUUUGGUGUUAUACAAGUACUGUUAUUAGCUUAUGCUGUAUGUAUUUAAUGAUUGUUAUGUCAGAAGCCAUUACAUUGCGGGAUAUAUUAAGAUGCUUUUAAAAACGAUGUUACUUCUUAAAAUAUUUAGUUAAUCAAUUCAGAAGCCUUGAAGAUAUGCACUAUGUAUGAUCAAAGUUACAUGCUUUCUGUGUAUUUGGAACAUUUAAGAAUUGAUACUAUGUGUACUAUGUGUGUGAUAACAAUAAAUAAACCUUAACAAAAG